AUGUCGCAAUUUAACAGCAGCAUUAUAUGGGCUUUUUUGGUGUUCACAACGAUCGUGUAUUGCAGUACGCACGCCUCUGAGUGUCAUAUUGAUGACUCAGAUGGUUACGGGCGAACGUUUGACGGCAUUGGAGGAAUCAGUGGCGGUGGCGCCACCUCGCGACUGCUUGUGAACUAUCCACAACAACAACUAGGAGAGAUCCUAGAUUAUCUCUUCAAACCGGAUUACGGGGCGGCCCUGCAGAUAUUGAAAGUAGAAAUCGGCGGUGAUUCACAGACAUCUGAGGGCACAGAGGCCUCUCAUAUGCAUGACAGCUGGGAUGAAAACUAUAAACGUGGAUACGAGUGGUGGCUAAUGGUGGAAGCAAAAAAGCGAAACCCGGACAUCUUGCUAUACGGCCUUCCCUGGUCUUUUCCCGGAUGGGUGGGACAGGGGACAGAUAGUCCGUACACGAACGUAACUAUCACGGCAGACUACAUAGUACGGUGGAUCAAAGGGGCCAAAACAUACUACAACGUUACCAUCGACUACAUUGGCAUUUGGAAUGAAAAGGAUUACAACGUUAAUUACGUCUUGACCUUGAGGAAAAUGCUGGAUGAGAAUGGAUUGAACCAAACAAAAAUAGUUGCAGCAGAUGACAAAACAUGGGCCAUAGCUGAUGAUAUUCUUAAGAAUUCCGAAUUGGCCGAUGUUGUUGAUUUCAUUGGUGUUCACUACCCGGGAACAAUGUCCACGGGUGCGGCUGUACAGACAGGCAAACAGCUUUGGGCUUCAGAAGAGAGCGGCUCUGCCGGGCCUGAGUACUGGGCUCGAAUUCUGAAUCAAAACUAUAUCAAUGGUCAAAUGACAGCAACCAUAGCCUGGAAUUUGAUUGCAGCCUAUUACGAUGGGUUGUCUUUUGACAGAGCUGGUCUUAUGACUGCGAUGCAACCAUGGUGUGGGCACUAUGUAGUAGAGUCGCCUAUUUGGAUAACUGCUCAUACGACCCAAUUUACUCAACCCGGCUGGAAAUACCUCAAGCACGGUUCAGGUGUGGGAAAACUUGACAAAGGUGGAAGUUUUGUUGCCAUGAGUAAAAAUGGGGUGGGACUCACCAUAAUUAUAGAAACAAUGUCAAGUGAUCACUCCCUCAGUACUCUUAUUCCCAGUUACUACGACCAAAGGCAAAACGUAACAUUCGUUUUGAAAGGAAGUUUUUCUAAGAUAACUUCUUUAGCUAUGUGGUACACUAAAUUGGAAUUCAGUGGUACUCCAAGUGUGUUUUUCAAGCAGAUGAGCCCGGUUUCCGUGGUUAAUGGGACGGUUACGUUAGAACUUGGCAUCGAUGAGGUGUAUACACUGACAACGCUGAAAGGAGGCGGACAUGGAAAUGCUCCCACGCCACCGCCUUACCAACCAUUCCCACUGCCGUAUGGUGAGAAUUUCGAAGGCUAUCCAGAAAAUGGCGAACCAAAUAACUUUGCUCAGCAAGUGGGGAGUUUUGAGGUGGUGAAAUCCAGCGAUGCCAACCGAAGUAAAGUUCUCCGUCAAGUUGUUCUGGAAGAUCCCAUAGAUUGGUGUCCGUACAUCAACUUGGCAUUUCCCCUAAAUGUUAUAGGUAGUGUGGAGUGGAGAGAUGUCCACGUGGAGGUUGAGGCAAGAACAGGUGAAGUGAACGGAUCGGACAGCGUGUUUGUGGCCAACCGAGUUGAUCAGGGAGGCUGUCAGACCUUUGGAGCUCAGGGUUAUUUCUUUUUUGUAUUUCCAGAAGUUCAGAAAUACGAAUUAACCAAUGAUUUGUCUAGAACCAGGCUGCUGAAAUCCGGCAGCGUGAGUGUGAAUGCAGAUUGGAACAAACUGGGUUUAAGCACGACCGUGGAGGGUCAGGUAACGGGAUUCCUUAACGGUAAUCUCGUAUUCAACGUGAGUACAAGCAACAAACCAAAGGCGGGAUUUUCAGCUAUUGGAGCUGGAUCCUUCGGAAUUUCUGACUUUGACAAUUUUGAAGUCUCAAGGACUUCACAACAUGUUAAGGGAAAAGGAAUACGUCGGGAUGAUACGCUCUAUUUCAAGUCUUUUAAAGGCCCUGCUGGAUGA